AUGUCUGCAUACAAGAAGAUCGCCAUAGCAGGCGCCACGGGCACCCUAGGCCCCUUCAUCGUCAACGCUCUCCUCGACGCCGGCUUCGAAGUCACAGCCCUCAGCCGUACAGGAAGGACAAACACGCAAGAUCGUGGGACUGGCAAGGCCACUGGAACGCUGCCCUCGACCGUCAAAAGCGCCCAAGUCGACUACGACUCUCAAGACUCCCUCGUCAAAGCCUUACAAGGCCAAGAAGUCGUGGUGUCCAACCUGCCUAACUACGAAUCCCAGCCUUCGCUUAUCGAUGCGGCCAUCAAGGCUGGCGUGAAGCGCUUCAUCCCCUCGGAGUUUGGAAGCAACGUCAGCGGCAACAAGAACAAUGCCGCCCUACCCGUCUUCAAGGACGGCAAAGUCGCAAUCCAGAAGUACCUCAAGGAACGAGAGGACCAAAUCAGCUACACCCUCAUCGUCAACGGCUUCUUCCUCGACUGGGGCCUGGAAGCUGGAAUUGUGGUCGACUUCAAAGGGAACAGACCAGUGAAGGUCUUCGAUGGUGGCAAUGGAAAGCACUCCUUGUCCACACGCUCUGACAUCGGCAAGGCGGUGGCAGGUGCUUUACUGCACCCCGAGGAGACCAGGAACCGAGCGGUGUAUAUCUACAGCGCGACCGUUUCGCAGAAUGAGAUCCUCGAUAUUGCGAGGAAGGUCAAGCCGGGCUUUGAGCCGCAGGUCCAGCAUGUUACAACGGACCAAGUGUUGAAGGACUCGUACGCCGGGUUGGAGAAGGGUGGCGAGAGCGUUGGGCCGGCUAUGCUGGGCUUCAUUCUAACCAGCUGUUUCUCGGACGAUGGGUACGGCAAUGAUUGGUCGGAGUACAGCGACAACAAGCUGCUUGGGAUCAAGGAGCUUUCGAAGCCGGAUCUUGAGAAGCUUGUGGCUCAGAACGCAUAA